CAGAUGCUCUUUUUUUCAAAGUGAAAACAAAAUCUGAGCAGAAAGUGGAAUACUGAGCAAAACCCUCACUCAAAACGCCGCCGUUUUGUAUCGCUUCCUCCGGCCAAUCUAAUCGUCGUCUGACCUCACCUCACCUCAAUCCAUCCGUCUCCGUCUGUAAGUUUAGGAAAAAAGAAAAAGAAGAGUCUCCCUCAAGUGUUCAUUGUCAUCAUGUACGUGAAAGAAGGAUGCUCGUUGCUCUUGAAAGUUCAAAAACCAAUCAUCCCCUUUCUCCUCAACACAAAUCUCAACCUCCCUCAACCUCCAAACCCAGCAACAGCAACCGAGAUCAAAGAAUCAUACGUCGUAAAGCGGCUAAGACAAGAGCCAUGCGUCCCCUUAGCUUUGCACUUCUUCAAAUCCGUCACCAACUCAAACCUCUUCAAACACACGCCUCUGACAUUCGAGGUCAUGAUCAGGAAGCUAGCAGCGGACGGUCAGGUCGACAGCGUUCAGUACCUUCUCCAGCAGAUGAAGCUCCAAGGCUUCCCCUGUUCCGAAGAUCUGUUCGUCAACGUCAUCAGCGUGUACCGACAAGUGGGUUUGUCUGAACGAGCCGUGGAGAUGUUUUACAGGAUAAAAGAGUUCGGGUGUGUUCCUUCCGUUAAGAUAUAUAACCAUGUUUUGGAUACUUUGCUCGGUGAGAAUAGGGUUCAGAUGAUUUAUAAAGUUUAUAGAGACAUGAAGAAGAGAGAUGGGUUUGAGCCUAAUGUGUUUACUUAUAAUGUUCUUCUUAAGGCUUUGUGUAAGAACAAUAAGGUGGAGGGUGCUCAGAAGCUGCUUGUGGAGAUGUCGAACAAAGGAUGUUCUCCUGAUGCUGUGAGCUACACUACGGUGAUCUCGUCCAUGUGUGAGCUCGGUUUGGUGAAGGAAGGUAAGGAGCUCGCGGCGAGAUUCGAACCCGUUGUGAGCGUCUAUAACGCGUUGAUUAAUGGCUUAUGCAAAGACGGUGAUUACGAAGGAGCGUUUGAGUUGAUGAGAGAGAUGGUGGAGAAGAAGGGGGUGUCUCCUAAUGUUAUCUCAUACUCAACGAUCAUCAACGCGCUUUGCAGUGUUGGAGAAACCGAGAUCUCUUUCUCGCUUCUGGGGCAGAUGUUGAAACGAGGGUGUCAUCCGAAUGUCCAUACGCUGAGUUCUCUUGUGAAGGGUUGUUUUGUAAGAGGUAGGAGCAGCGCUGAUGCUCUACACUUGUGGAGUUCGAUGAUCAGAGGGUUUGAGUUGCAACCGAACGUUGUAGCGUUUAAUACUCUGGUGCAAGGACUCUGUUCCCACGGCGAUAUGGAGAAGGCUCUGUCUGUGUUUUCACGCAUGGAAGGAACCGGAUGUUCUCCAAACAUCAGAACUUACGGCUCUCUCAUCAACGGGUUCGCCAAGAGAGGUAGCCUCGAGGGGGCUGUUGAUACGUGGAACAAGAUGCUGACCAGUGGAUGCUCCCCAAACGUUGUGGUGUAUACAAGCAUGGUGGAAGCUCUUUGUAGGCACUCCAAGUUGAGAGAAGCUGAGUCUCUUAUAGAGAUUAUGUUCAAAGAAAACUGUGCUCCUCCUUCCGUGGCGACGUUCAACGCGUUUAUCAAAGGCUUAUGCGAUGCAGGGAGGCUUGACUGGGCAGAGAAAGUGUUCGUACAAAUGGAGGAGCGAUACAAGUGUCCUCCUAACAUUGUAACGUACAACGAGUUGCUAGACGGGCUCUCAAAGGGGAACCGGAUAGAAGAAGCUUAUGGUCUGACCAGAGAGAUCGGUGUGGAGUGGAGCUCGUCUACUUACAACACGCUUUUACAUGGGUCAUGCAGUGCAGGUCUCCCCUGGAUAGCUCUGCAGCUAGCAGGGAAAAUGGUGGUUAGUGGUAAAUCUCCGGAUGAGAUAACGAGGAAUAUGAUAUUAUUAGCGUAUUGCAAACUAGGAAAAGCUGAGAGGGCGGUUCAGAUGUUGGAUCAAGUUUCGUUUGGAGGAAGAAAAUGGCGGCCAGAUGUAAUCUCAUACACAAACGUGAUAUGGGGUCUAUGCAGCUCAAAUUGUAAGGAAGAUGCAGUGAUUCUUCUUGAGAGGAUGAUAAGUGAAGGGAUUGUCCCAAGUGUUGCUACAUGGAAUGUAUUGGUUCGUUGUUUUAUCACCGAUGACAACUUGUGCUCAUGAUCAGUUUAGUUGGGAAGAAGCCAUUUGCUUCUUUGUAUGAGAGUUAGAAGCAUCAACUCUUGUGGUGGAUAUAUGGAAAUCUUGUGACCACAUGGAAGCUUAGCUUUUCGGUCUUCACUGGACUCUCCAAGAAAUCUCAAGAAAAUAUUUUGGAUUCUUGCAAGAAAAAUCAGACGGCUGGUUUUGGUAUGUGACAACAUUUUGCUGAGAGGUUGGCUAAGCAAAUAUGAUGUGACAGAUGCUCCUUAGCCAUGCUUACAGUGAUUUGAUUAUUUGGUCAGCACUUUUCCUGAUGAUUCAGUAAGUCAAGAAGCUGUUUGAAAAACUGUUUUCUAAGUAGGAGCUCAAGGAGAUAGAUUUAGAUUCUCUGGCCAAGGUUUUGAGUUUAUAUUCAUUUGUGUAUGAUAUAUAUAGUUCGUUGACAAGUAAAGAAGCUAUAUUGGUCUGA